GAAGCUAACUUCCGUCGGUUUACUGCAACUGCACACAAUGUACGUUACCGUAUAUUGAGGGGAAACUAGCUUGCUUUAGCAACAGUUGGCAGAAAAUGCUAGUCUGUUUACACACUUAGAAUGACACGGUGGCUUUGGGUUUUCAGGAGAAAACCGUAGAUUACUACUGCAGACGGUUUCCUCGGAUCCACAAUUACAAUGUUUGUCUUCUGAAGAAUAUGGGAUGAUCUUCAGCAAUGGAGCAUGCUGCUCUUGUGUAUCCUCUGACCUUUUCACCCCUGAAACCUGGACAGUAUCUCCUGCAAGGACAGUGUCUGAGUCUGACCUGUGGGUCCAACAGAAAAAGGUCGCAAAGGGUCAUCAGUCUGAUGCAACUCUUGACUUGUCGACAUCUUACAUCUCAACCACCAGCCGGCCACUCCAGCCCCAUGGCCCUGUUUCCUCUACCCACUGGGCACAAGAGUGAGCAUCCUGCCAGGAAAGGCUGUCAUUCAUUCACACAUCAUCUUCUCACAGAUUUCGCCUCUCAGGGCAUGCAAGGCACUUUGCAACAGGAGGCAUGGACAUAGACGUGGAGGGGAUUAUCCAGUGCAUCAGGCAGGGGGAUGAGAACGGUGUUCAGACACAACUGCAAGAGUUCAACAAAGAGUAUGCCCAGUGCUUCUUCUUUGAUGCAGAGGAGAGGGACAGAAGGAAACAAAGAAAACUAGAAGAGUUCAGGAAGAAUAAAGUGAGGGAGUACGCUGAUUCUGACUCCGACUGUGAUGAGUAUGACCAGGAGGAUCGAGGCCUCAUCCUCAGACAGAGUUUAGCUGUUGUCCUUGUGAGAUUCAUAAGAACAGGAGUUAAAUGUCGUCUGUUGAGAGUAUGUCUGCGCACCCUGAGGAUCCUCUCCAGAGACCAAAAGGUCCUAGGCCCCUUGGUGACCGACAGCGCUCUCCUCACUCUGGCCAAACUGGCCGGGCUGACCACAACUGACGCGUGCGACGAAGCCAGCGACCCCGACUCUGAAUUCUACGAUAACGUCAUCGCCUCUCUCGCUGAGGCCAAAGUGUUCCACUGUCGCACCGAGGAAGACGACGGUGACGUUGAAGCCAACGACCAGAGUGAUGAAUACCCUGCCUUUGAGGAUGACACCAAGAGCGACAUCAGCAUCGCCAACAGCGGAGAUCUGGACAGCAUCAGCUGGCUUGGGAGCCACAGGACCAGCAUUAACGAAAUGCACAGAGGCACCGUCCAUCACAAGGUGCUGGAGCGAGGGAGGAGGGACCGCAGGGAGAGCAAGAUGGACGGGGAGGAAGAGGAGGAGGAGGACGGGGAGUCGGGAGAGGAGGCGCAGAGAAAAGAGGCCAUGAAGGUGUUGUGUAACGUGGUGUACAACAGCACCUGGGCACAGGAAAGGUUCAGCGCUCUCAGGCUCAUGUGUGGUCUUACAGAGCGUCUGUCCUCAGGUGUUAGCGGUUCAUCUCCCUCCAGUGUUCAGUUUUAUGAAUUACGACUCAUGUUCCUCAUUACUGCACUGCGGUCAGAGCUCAGCACUCAGCUUCAACAGGAAGGAGGUGUAUCCAUCCUCACUGCAGCCCUGGAGAACUGCCUGGAGGUUCAGUGGAAGGAGCAGUAUGAGUGUGUGCUGGAUCCGGCAGCACCACCUAUUUCUCUGGAGGCCUCUCAGCGCAUCAUAGAGAUCCUCAAAAUCCUCUUCAACAUCACCCACAGCAUCCACAGGCAGGAGCCGAGUGAGGAUGAUGCAGCUCUUUACCGACACCUGGUGGCGAUCCUGCGUCUCUGCCUGAUGAGGAAGUGUUUACUGACAGAUGAUACUGAUGAACUGCAGGGUCACACAGUCAACCUGUUGUCAGCGCUGCCUCUUCAGUGUCUCGACGUGCUGCUGAUGGUGCCCCUGCAGCCCAACUCAGAGCAGUGCCAGGGGGUCAACAUGGACUGUGUCCACACCCUGCUGAUGUUCAUGGAGAGACGUCUGGAGUUGGGCGAUAAGAUCAAAGAGAAGCUGACACCAAUCCUCAAUCUGCUGACAGAGAGCUGCCGGGCCCACAAAGAAACACGCCACUACAUCAGGAAACAUAUCCUGCCUCCUCUGAAAGACGUCUCACACAGGCCAGAGGAAGGCUCCACAGUGAAGAGUCGUCUGAUACGUCUCAUGACCCACCUGGACACAGAUGUCAAACACUGUGCCGCUGAUCUCAUUUUUGUCCUCUGCAAGGAAAAUGUGAGGCGUUUUGUCAAGUACACAGGCUACGGGAACGCAGCGGGCCUGCUCGCCACCAGAGGCUUGCUGGGCGGCCAGGGGUCCAGGACCUCCAGCUCUGACGCCCAGUACUCCAGCGACUCCGACUCGGACACAGAGGAGUACCGGCAGGUGAAAGAUCGCAUCAAUCCUGUGACGGGGCGGGUGGAGGUAGAACAGCCGGACCCCAUGGAGGGCAUGACGGAGGAGGAGAAGGAGGAGGAGGCCAAGAGGCUGAUCAUGCUCUUCAACAAGCUGUCCAGAGAUAAUAUUAUCCAGCCGAUGGGAGUGGAUGCAGAGGGGAAGCUGGUCCCGAUGUCAGGACUGAGGGAGAACUCGAUCACUGAAGAGGGGAAGUCUGGCUCAGAGAAUGACGGAGAAGCAGACCAAGGAGAGAAGGACUAACAUCGAUCCUAAAGUCUGACAGUGCAUAAAUAUUUGUUGUACGUGUAUGGACGAAAAAACAACACGAUGUAGUUCUCACCCAGUCCCUAAUUUUUGAUUUUUUCUUCUUCCUCUUUGGAUUCAGGAUAAUAAUUUAUUUAGAGUAAAAAUAUCACAAUGGAUGGAAUGAAUGAAAUUCUCAAUUGGUAGUAGAAUGAACUGAUGUCAAUGUAAUAACAUAAUAUUCUUAAAUAUUUUAAUAAAGUCUUGAAAUCUUA